GGACAUGCUUAGUACGUACACCACCUUCCUCGCCGACCGACCCUGUCCCCGGCCCAAGACCAAGAGUCCGUCAGCUGAGCCUGAGCGCCAGUGCUGCUGAGAGGGAGGGAGAGAGCGAGACCCAGCGACGCCUUCAUCUUCGCUAUUGACAUUUCCAAAGAAGUUAAUAUGAAAGUCCUCAUGGAUUACUUCCGGAAGAUCGAGGUGAAGUUCUACCUGGAUGACAACGGCCGCAAGGAAAUCCGGAAGAUCGAGACGAAGCUGUUCGGCGCCAGGAUCGUCCCUUUCAUCGCUCGAAUCAUCCAGAUCUUCAGUCUCCAGUUGGACGGACACGAAGAUUUCUAUGGGAAUUACAUCACCACUUACAAAGAGCCCUUUGGAGACACCAUCCAUUUCUCUACAGACGCAGAACUGCAAAAGGCUCUGGCAGACUUACUGAGACAAAAUCGGAAGCGUGGUUCUGGAGAUGCCCCGCUGUUUAAAGUGGACAUCAAAAGAAGAAGAAGGAGCAGCAACAGAGACGGAACAUCAAAGAAUAUCAACAACAAAACUGAUGCCAAGGAUUCGAAAGACACUCCAGUCCUCAAAGUUUACGUCACCAACGAAAACAACAGCGAAGAAACAACAACGAAGAACAACAACUACAACGCCAACAAGACAGGCUGUGGUCUCCUUCAGCCUUACUGAACAAUAUGGCCAGUAUUUGUCAUCGGACUACCCGCGAUUUUUCUUCCAUGGUUUUUUAUUUUCUAAGAUUAGAUUCUUCUCCGGAUUGAGGAUUUCAACUGAAAGGCAGGUUUUGUGGGAUGAACUGGAAAAUGUUAGCCAAUAUAGCACUUGAGCUGUCAACACAUUGGUUGAAAAGCGAUUCUUGAGGAGGCCUUGUCGAUGUGGGUACUGUGCUGAUUACAUGUUCUCAAACCAAAGUUCACAGACUUGCUAGUAAUAGCAUAUAGUAACCCUCACCAGCUCUUGACAAUCCAUAAUCGAAUUGGAUUUCGCCAGCCAUAACUUUGUAUAUAUCUUUCUCGAAGAGUAGGAAUGAUGGGUAAGCGUAAUAUCUUUCUCGAAGAGUAGGAAUGAUGGGUAAGCGUAGUACGAGGAAAUUCAUCAUUCGCCCAACACUUUGGGUAGUACUAAAAUGAACAUCAUUAUAGAUUCUCUUCUGGAAAAAGUUCAUUACUAUUGCCAGCACCUUUAUCGCGUUACUCCACUCCUCGGUGGGUUACGUGCUCGCCUGCCGAUUUGGUAGUCCGAGUUUGCACCCCCCUCUACCAACGCUGAAUCAGAGGAAUUUAUUUCUGGUGAUUAGAAAUUACGAUAUAAUGUGUUUGGGAUCCAAGAAUAAGCUGUGGGUCCCGUUGCUAGGUAACCAAUUGGUUCCUAGCCCUAGGAGAGCUGUUAAUCAGCUCAGUGGUCUGGUUAUACUGAGAUAUACGUAACUUUGCUGUCGUAGGGCCAAACGGAGAAUUUUUCUUGAUUGUUUUGAAUCACUAUAAAAGAAACCUUCAUACUUGAACUGCAGGUUUUUGCUUGACAAAGAAAAGACUUCUUCAGAAAUGAACAGAGAUCUUUGGAAAAUGUCUCGUAAACAGGGCAGUAUUUUUGAAGCAGAGGAGUAAUGCUUUAGGUCUACAGAUCAAUGUGCUGUCAACUUUCAGCUUUCGUGAGAGGGACUGGUUUGGUUCAAUGCCGUUGCUGUGAGAUGGUCCUUGGGAAGUGUGUCAAGUUGCAUAACUGAUUAUAUAGUAACGUGUAAACAGUUAUCUUAAAUUUUGUGCAACUUAGUGGUUAAAUGAAGAAUUCACAUUUUAGUAUUGUCUUUCACAAUUAGACUUAUAAAUAUUGCAAUAGUUGUUUACAUAUUUUAGGAUACUAGUUACAUAUAUCACUGAACUAAAUUUCUCUUAUUGGAAACACGAGUAGAUGUUGCAACCGCAUGGAUUAGUUGGAAUAAAAUGCAAGAAUACUGCUCUUCUUCUUAAUGAUUAAAAGCAGCACUUGUUAGUCAGAAACACUUGAGAUUUUACUGAUCUUUCAUGAAGUCAGAAUAAAAAUAAAACAUGACACUUCGGAACAUAAAGCUCUACCUCUAAACAGGUGAUGAAUGAAUUCCAAGAUACCUCUGCUUGGGUAUUUUUGGCCUGAGAUUUGUCUGGUUGGUGAAGAGAAUGCUGUUGCUGAACAGUUUUACAGAUAUUCUUCCCAAUUUCAGUGUUCUGGAGCAAGUACUUAUUAGGAAUGGGGUUAGCGAAGUGAGUUUGAGUCAUUGUAGAAUUCAGCUACCUCAUUCUUUAGGCAGUCUUUCAGCUGAAUUCCAUUUAGGAUGAACUGCAGCCUCCAAAAUGAGCUUUAGCUUCCUGAAACUUAGCGUCUAUAUAAUCUCUAGAUAUUAUGUGCUUACCAUUAAACAAAAGAGCUAAUACAAUAGCUAUGUGAUGUUGGCCAUACAUUUAUACUCAUGUGUCAGCCUCUGUCCCGGGACUAUGACUGUUAGUAUUUUUUUUUUAUUUCUGUUGAUGCAUUCAUUGAACUGACACUCUGGUAGCUACAUGACUAAUUCCAGUGUUUACUACUGUGAAGCUUUUCAAUAAAUUCACUUAUGCACUAAGACAGAUUAACUUUUUUUUAGGACUGAAUGUUAUGAAUGAAACCUUGAUGUAUGUACCAUAAAGUGACAUCAACUGUUAACAUUUAUCGUAACUGUGCUAACGCAAAUGUAAAACGUACCCAUUUUUCAAAGCAUUGAAUGCAUGUUUCCUGAACUAAGUAAUUCUGGCGAUCCAUAGCUAUUUAUCUUAAUUCUAAGUUCCUCGAGGUGACCAUAACUAAAAAUGAGGUUAAAAUUAGCACAGCAAUAUCAUAAUCGAAUUUUUGUCUGCAAUGAUGUCAGAGAGCAUUUGAUCUUAGAAUUGCUUACUAGAGUAAACAUAUGAUUUGGCAAGGCCCAGCUGAGCAUCCGGACAGAAAGAAGAGAGAUUUUGCUGAUAUUUUCCUCUCUCUCUCAGCUUUUGAUUUUACCUUCCAGACUGAUAACUUAAACAGACUUUCCUAUGACGACCCAGACUGGACCUUUUCUAAGCGUCCACUGUCUAGGGAUGAAAGUAUGUGGCACCCAGAGUUUUCUUUGACUUCUGGCCUCACUGAAAAUACUCAAUUUAAUUAUAGAUAUGAAACAUGCAGAAAAUACUUUUUAUUCAUUCUUAUGGAGGGACACCGCUACUUCAACUCGGCAUGUUCCAUAUUUGUUGGGUCAAAGCAUGGCGAAGCAUUUCUCUUCCAGCUUCCCAAACCGAAAGAAUUGAUGUAGUCCUCUGACUGCUGCCUCGUGAUUUUAGUUUGUAAUUAUAAUUAAAAUGUGUGCUAUACUUACAAAUUAUACAAAGCGAUAUGACUUCACCAGUAUUUUCCAAUUUUCUUAAUUCUGUAUAUGGGAGAAUGUAAAAUUUACUGACCACUAGUCUGAAGUGUAAGAUGAAGUUCUCAACACGUCUGGUAUUACAUUUUACCAGCUAUGUGGUGACAUGUGACAUUUUUUGUGGUGAUUUUCACCAUUCUGUAAUACAGGUCUUUUAUUCUAA